GGAGCCUAGUAUUUGACGGAGGAGGGAUGGGCUGGGUAGGUCCCCCGCUCCGACAGGGCUCUUACGCCAUAUGUGACGCAAAUUAGCUUACGAGCCGGGGGUGGAGGUGUCGUCAGCAUCCGCCUGCGUUUGGCAGAGUUGCAGCAAGGGGGGCAUGUAGACCCCGCCUCAUAGCGGGGUGGGUAGCGGCAGGCUCCGCCUCGGCCCCUCCUUCAGGCUCCCGCCAGCGUCGCUGCGGCUCCGGCCCGGGAGCGAGCGCCCGGAGCUCGGAAGGAUGCGGCGCCCGCGGCGGCCUGGGGGUCUCGGGGGAUCCGGUGGUCUCCGGCUGCUCCUCUGCCUCCUGCUCCUGAGCAGCCGCCCGGGGGGCUGCAGCGCCAUUAGUGCCCACGGCUGUCUAUUUGACCACAGGCUCUGCUCUCACCUCGAAGUCUGUAUUCAGGAUGGCUUGUUUGGACAGUGCCAGGUGGGAGUGGGGCAGGCCCGGCCCCUUUUGCAAGUCACUUCCCCAGUUCUCCAACGCUUACAAAGUGUGCUCCGACAACUCAUGUCCCAAGGAUUGUCCUGGCAUGAUGACCUCACCCAGUAUGUGAUCUCCCAGGAGAUGGAACGUAUCCCCAGGCUUCGACUCCCAGAACCCCGUCCAAGGGACAGGUCUGGCUUGGCACCCAGGAGACCUGGUCCCACUGGAGAGCUGCUUUUACAGGACAUCCCCACCGGCUCCGCCCCUGCUGCUCAGCAUCGGCUUCCACAACCACCAAUGGGCAGGGGUGGAGCUGGGGCCAGCUCCUCUCUGUCCCCUCUGCAGGCUGAGCUGCUGCCCCCUCUCUUGGAGCAUCUGCUGCUGCCCCCACAGCCUCCCCACUCUGCCCUGAGUUAUGAACCUGCUUUGCUGCAACCCUACCUGUUCCACCAGAUCUCUGGUUUUCCACAGUUUGGCUCCCGUGAUGGUUCCCGGGUCUCAGAAGGCUCCUCAGGGGUGGUCAGUGUCAGUCCCCUGCCCAAGGCUGAAGCCCCUGCCCUCUUCAGCAGAACUGCCUCCAAAGGCAUAUAUGGGGACUCCCCUGGCCACUCCUAUGGGGACCUUCCAGGGCCUUCACCUGCCCAGCUUUUUCAGGACUCCGGGCUGCUCUAUCUGGCCCAGGAGUUGCCAACGCCCAGCAGGGUCAGGAUGCCAAGGCUGCCAGAGCAAGGGGGCAGCAGCCAGGCAGAGGACUCCCCAGGGGGCUACGAGAAGGAUGGACUAGGGGGCCACAGAGAGAAGCCUGCCUCCCCAGCAGUGCAACCAGCAGAUGUGGCUCUGCAGAGGCUGGCCGCUGUGCUGGCAGGCUACGGGGUAGAGCUGCGUCAGCUGACCCGUCAGCUGACUCCUGAGCAGCUCUCCACACUCCUGACCCUACUGCAGUUACUGCCCAAUGGUGCAGGAAGAAAUCCAGGAGGGGUUGUAAAUGUUGGAGCUGAUAUCAAGAAAACAAUGGAGGGGCCAGUGGAGGGCAGAGACACAGCAGAGCCUCCACCCCCCACACCCUCCAUGCCUGGAUACCCCACUGCCAGCCCCACCUCCAGUGAAGUCCAGCAGGUGCCAAGCCCUGUCUCCUCUGAGCUUCCCGAAGCUGCCAGACCCCCCGCCACACCUGUCCUGCUGGAGAAGAAAAGUCCACUGGGCCAGAGCCAGCCCACAGUGGCAGGACAGCCCUCAGCCCAGCCAGCAGCAGAGGAAUAUGGCUACAUUGUCACUGACCAGAAGCCCCUGAGCCUGGCUGCAGGAGUGAAGCUGCUGGAGAUCCUGGCUGAGCAUGUGCACAUGUCCUCAGGCAGCUUCAUCAACAUCAGUGUGGUGGGACCAGCCCUCACCUUCCGCAUCCGGCACAAUGAGCAGAACCUGUCUUUGGCGGAUGUGACCCAACAAGCAGGGCUGGUGAAGUCUGAACUGGAAGCACAGACAGGGCUCCAAAUCUUGCAGACAGGAGUGGGACAGAGGGAGGAGGCAGCCGCAGUCCUUCCCCAGACCGCGCACGGCACCUCUCCCAUGCACUCAGUGCUGCUCACUCUGGUGGCCCUGGCAGGCGUGGCCGGGCUGCUGGUGGCUCUGGCUGUGGCUCUGUGUGUGCGGCAGCACGCACGGCAGCGGGACAAGGAGCGCCUGGCAGCCCUGGGGCCUGAGGGGGCCCAUGGUGACACUACCUUUGAGUACCAGGACCUGUGCCGCCAGCACAUGGCCACAAAGUCCCUGUUCACCAGGGCAGAGGGUCCGCCAGAGCCUUCUCGGGUGAGCAGCGUGUCCUCCCAGUUCAGCGAUGUGGCCCAGGCCAGCCCCAGCUCCCACAGCAGCACCCCGUCCUGGUGCGAGGAGCCGGCCCAAGCCAACAUGGACAUCUCCACGGGACACAUGAUUCUGGCGUACAUGGAGGACCACCUGCGGAAUCGGGAUCGCCUGGCCAAGGAGUGGCAGGCCCUCUGUGCCUACCAAGCAGAGCCAAACACCUGUGCCACUGCGCAGGGGGAGGGUAACAUCAAAAAGAACCGGCAUCCUGACUUCCUGCCCUAUGACCAUGCCCGCAUAAAACUGAAGGUGGAAAGCAGUCCUUCUCGGAGUGAUUACAUCAAUGCCAGCCCCAUUAUCGAGCAUGACCCUCGAAUGCCAGCCUACAUAGCCACACAGGGCCCUCUGUCCCAUACCAUCGCAGACUUCUGGCAGAUGGUGUGGGAAAGCGGCUGCACUGUCAUCGUCAUGCUGACCCCGCUGGUGGAGGAUGGUGUCAAGCAGUGUGACCGCUACUGGCCGGAUGAGGGUUCUUCCCUCUACCAUGUAUAUGAGGUGAACCUGGUGUCGGAGCACAUCUGGUGCGAGGACUUCCUGGUGCGAAGCUUCUACCUGAAGAACGUGCAGACGCAGGAGACGCGCACGCUCACGCAGUUCCACUUCCUCAGCUGGCCGGCAGAGGGCACCCCGGCCUCCACGCGGCCCCUGCUGGAUUUCCGCAGGAAGGUGAACAAGUGCUACCGGGGCCGCUCCUGCCCCAUCAUCGUGCACUGCAGUGAUGGUGCAGGGAGGACCGGCACCUACAUCCUCAUCGACAUGGUCCUGAACCGAAUGGCAAAAGGAGUGAAGGAGAUCGACAUCGCUGCCACUCUGGAGCAUGUCCGUGACCAGCGGCCUGGCCUUGUCCGCUCUAAGGACCAGUUUGAAUUUGCCCUGACAGCCGUGGCAGAGGAGGUGAAUGCCAUCCUUAAGGCUCUGCCCCAGUGAGACCCUGGGGACCCUUGGUGGGCAGCCCAGCCUUUGUCCUUUGCCUGUGUGGGCAUCUCUGUGUACCCACUCCUCACUGCCUGACCGGCCACCUCUUGGGCAUGCCCAGCCCUUCCUAGAAGAGUCAGGAAGGGGAAGCCAGAAGGGACACACCUGCCCAGCCUCACGUAUGCCAGAGCCCAGGGCAUCCCAGAGCCCGGGGCGUCCCAUGGGCGCUCUGCAGCCAGGAGGAGAGGAAAGGACGUGGGCAGCAAUUCUACCCAGAGCCUUCUCCUGCCUGUGUUCCCUGGCUUGGCUCUCCCAUGGCUCUCCCAUGGUUCUGGGAGCUCUCCCUGUGUCUGUGUGUGCCCCCCUACGCUCCAGUGUGGAAGAACAGGGUGGAGAGUCACCACACCCGGCUCUCUCUGCUUCUCAGCCCCGGGCCUGCCUCCUUGACUCACACUUGGGCAUUCCGCCCUCCCUGCCCUCAUGCCCAGCCUCCUCCCACCGCCCUCCAACCAUGUGCUGCUCAACCUCUCUCCUUCUGGUACAAGAGAACAUUUCUAGAAAAAUCUACUUUUGUACCAAUGUGAAUAAAGUUAGUGUGUUGUCUGUGCAGCCGCAA